AUGGCGGGUUCUCAAGCAGGGGAGUGCCAGUCUUAUGCUUACAGCGAAAAGACUUUCUUGCUUUCUUUGAAGACAAUGGUUUACAACAUGAGGAGACCACCCAAGUAUUUUGAAGACUUUGUGAAUGGGCAUUUCUUCAGCUGUGCUCACGACUUGUUGAAGGCGUGUAAUGCUUAUAAAAAUGGAGCUCCAGUGGCCUCUUUGGUGAGGGGAAAUGUUAAGGGAGGGGAAGUGAGUAACGAGAGAUGCUCUGAGUCGUUUAAGAAAGAAGUGGGUGCCUUUGUGGACACGCUUUUGUUAAAGGAGUUCAUUCUUCUAGGCGUCCUUGGUCUCGAACCGGAAGAAGAAAUAGCCCUCAGAUAUUAA